AUGUUUUUGAGCAUUGGAAUGUCUCGGAGAAUCGCCGAGUUGGGAUCAUUGCUAUGCGAUUCCGAGGCAAAGCCAUUGCUUGGUGGAGACGUGAGAAGCAAACCCGCCAAUCCGUUGGCAAAGCACCAAUCACUUCAUGGAGAAAGAUGGAGGAAGAUUCGCAAAUAUUUUCUUCCCAAAGGAUACAAGAGGGAGCUCUACCAACGGUACCAAAAUUUGAGACAAGGUACGCGAACAGUGGACCAAUACACCAACGAAUUCAAUGAGUUGGUGAUUCGCAACAACAUCCAGGAUCCGGAGGAGGUGCUUGUGAACAAAUACUUGAAUGGUCUUCAACUUCACAUCCAAGAUGCCUUGAAAGUCCUCGACAUUUGGGACUUAGGAGAUGCAUACCAACGGGCACUCAAAGUGGAGUGCUCUCGCUCUAGGAGGCAGCAAUCCUCUACCUUGCCGAGCUGGACUGCUAGGCAUACCACCGACACUGCCAAUGUUGCCGAGGCUACGACGCAAUCCGCUAGUAAGCCUUCUACUCAGCCCAACAUUUCGAAGCAACAGGAUAUGUCCAAUAUACAUUGUUAUUCUUGUGAGGAGUUGGGCUAUCGUGCUAGCAAUUGUCGAGUCAACAAGAAUCGACCAAUCAAAAAAGCCUUCUUGGUGGAUACUGAUUCUGAUGAGAAUGUGGAGGACCCACUUGAAGAAGAGUUGAACAAUGAUGAAGAAGCUGCGGAUGACGAACAAAUAGUGCGUGCUGAUACCGGCAAACUUCUCAUGGUGAGAAAGAUUUUCCUCACUCCUCAAGAUGAUACCAGAGAUAGGUGGCCGCGUACCAAUAUUUUUCAUUCCGCUUGCACAAUUAUGGGAAAGGUAUGCCAAUUAAUUAUUGACUCUAGUUGCUGUAAGAAUAUAAUUUCUGAAGUAGCGGCAAACAAGCUCAACUUGGAAUUGAAAGCGCACUCCACGCCUUACAGAAUGUCAUGGUUGAAGAAAGGCAUCGAGGUAACCGUUUCCAAACGAUGCCUUGUUAAUAUGUUCAUUGGUUCUAUUUAUUAUGACAAGAUAUGGUGCGAUGUUCUACCAAUGGAUGCCAGUCACAUUAUUCUUGGCCGACCAUGGCAAUUUGAUAGGAGAACUACUCAUGAUGGUUAUCGUAAUACAUAUUCUUUUGAGUUUGGAGGAAAAAAGAUUAUGUUGGCACCUAGUAAGGAGCCUCUAAAAACUCCUGUAGUUGAAAAUUCCACAUCCCCUACGUUGCUUACGAUGAAGGAUGUGAAGGGUGCUUUGAAAGGAGUUCGUAUUUUGUGUGUUUUAAUUAACAAAACCUGUGUGGAAAAUGAAGUCACCUCUUCCAUACCCCAUCAAGUUCAGCCUCUUUUGGAAGAGUUCAAGCAUGUCUUCCCGACGGACUUACCACAUGGUCUCCCUCCUAUGAGAGAUAUUCAGCAUCAAAUCGAUUUGAUGCCCGGUGCCUCCUUACCAAAUUUGGCUCAUUACCGAAUUAGUCCGAUUGAACAUGAGGAAUUGUAUCGACUGGUUAUCGAACUCUUGAACAAGGGUUUUAUACGGGAGAGCCUCAGUUCGUGUGCCGUUCCAGCUCUUUUGGUGCCUAAGAAAAAUGGUACUUGGAGAAUGUGUGUCAAUAGCAGAGCGAUCAACAAGAUCACCAUCAAGUACCGAUUUCCUAUUCCUCGCCUUGAUGAUCUCCUAGAUCAACUUUCUGGUGUGAUUAUCUUCUCAAAGCUGGAUCUGAAAAGUGGAUAUCAUCAAAUUACAAUCAAGCCCAGAGAUGAAUGGAAGACAGCGUUCAAAACGAAAGAUGGGCUAUAUGAGUGGCUAGUCAUGUCAUUCGGAUUGUCAAAUGCACCAUCGACAUUCAUGAGGUUUAUGACCCAGGUUUUGAAACCUUUUAUGGGAAAGUUUGUUGUGGUUUAUUUUGAUGAUAUUUUGAUUUUUAGCAAGUCUACUGAUGAGCAUUUGCAGCACCUUCAAGAAGUAUUACGCGUGUUGAGGCAUGAACGCUUGCAUGCAGCCCCCGACAAGUGCUAUUUUAUGGUACCACAAAUCCUUUUCUUGGGAUUUCAUAUUUCAAAGAACGACAUCUCGGUGGAUGAUACUAAGAUCAAAGUGAUUCGAGAAUGGCCGACUCCAACAAAUGUGCAUGAAGUGUAA